AUGGUAUCUGAAUCUCCUAGGCCAUUGGGCGUUGACGUCUCACGUUCCUCUAUGGAGUCGCCACCAGCCAUUGCCGCCUUGUUCGUCAUCAGCUUCGACAUCAGAGCCGGAUAUGUGGUCUCAUGGAAGCGCACUGCGCCGGGAGUUGAGGUUGAAGGGGUUGUGGAAUACAAAUCACUGCCCUCCGGGCUGCACAACGUGACAGAGGACCUGGUGUACUUCGUUCAUGAACAGUAUGCCGGUAUCAGCGCGUUCCUCAAUCAUCCCGCCACGGAGGCCGAACGCAAUGCAAAGAUGUUUGCGAUCGGAGUUCUGGUGCCCCUCAGCACUGGAAGACUUGGGAAGAGCUGGCGACAUGCUCCAAGGCUCAAGGAGCUCACGCUGUUCGUAUCGCCAGGCACCCGUGACGAGAUCCCUACUGACACCGGUGCCGAUAGGAAAUACGCCGAGGAUAUGUCAGAUAUGCAGCAUCUGUGCGAUUAUUGGGACACAUACAGGAUAGGAGGGGACGAUUCUUCAGCGCCCGAGUCCCCCCUCGACUCGCCUCUUAGUCUUCGAUUCCGACCCAGCGAGCGACCAGAUCAGAGUCGCAACCGUGCCUUCAGCGAUGCACUAGUACUGGAAACGUUCAGGCCGGCCUUGACGCCCUUCCACCCCGCCUCAUCGCUUCCAGAUUUUACGGAGUGUUUUGGACCUUUGAUCUUCCCCCUCUACAGAGCAGCUUUACUGCGCAAGCGCAUUCUCUUCAUGGGCGAGGCUCCUGUACACACAUCUUGCAACUAUGUAUAUGAUCUUUCUCUCUUGGCCUCAUUGCCAAACUCCCUUCUCCAGCUCCUUCCCGACGAUCGCAUACCACCAUUACGCCCCCGGCCCCUCUUCAACGUCGGCAUCCACGAUAUCCCCUACCUCUCCUCUUUCGAUCCAUCGCGCAGCAUCAUAAACCUCGAAACAGAUCCAAGCUGGAUCGCCUGCUCCACCGACACCGUCUUAACCAUGAAACCCGAUCUCUACGACGUCCUCGUUACCCUCCCCGCACCAUACUCACAACAAACCGCCGAACGAGCCUUCCCCCAAAUCUCCCUAGUCCACAACACAGGCGGCAAAGCCAACAAAGCCCAACAAAUCCAGCUAAAAGCAACCCAACGCGACGCCCGUCGCUACUCCAUGCUCCGCCGCGGACUCCGCCAAUUCCCCAACGAUCGCCCCACAUCCCCAGACCAAGACCAAGACCGCUCAGAUACAGGCUCAACCUAUUCCUCCAGCCCCGUCGUCGAGCCCAUCUCCUGGACCCGUCUCGCCUACACCUCCUUCAUCUGGUGGGCCUCGGCCGGCGAGAACCGUGACGGCCUCUCAGAGGAAGAAGAAGAGCAGCAGAUAGAACAAGACUCUCGCCUUCUGGCAAGCGUUGAGAACCAGCAGCCGCGCGAAGUCGCGCUGGUCGCGUACUUCCGCCGCCUGACGUCACAGAUCUUCGUUACAUUGGCUGGCGCCAUCGCACGUAAUGACAGCGACCUCGACGACGAUGCAUAUAAUGAUGCGCCGUAUAUCGAUGAAGAUGAUGACGCGGAAGCUUCGCUCUCCAUGUCUCGCCAGUCUAUCCACGGCGACGAGGGGAGUUCGCCUUUGCUCCGGCAGCGGUCGAGCGUGAGCGGGUCUCCGAGUCGUGGGUCGAGAGCCGGUGACCGCGGCGGAGGUGCCAAUGACACUGUCACAAUUACGGUGGCGGAUAUGGCGGAGAUGGGGCUUGAUGUGUGGAGUGCGACGGACCGUGUCUUUGUUGAGGAGUUGGUUUCUUUGUGGUGGAAUCGUGGUGCGAGGGUUGAUAGUGCGAGGAUUAGAUGUUGUGGGAUCUCGGUUUUGUAG